AUGGCGGCAGCUCUCGACCCUGGCACCAAUCAUACCGACUUCGUCGCAUGGGCAAAGUCCAACGGCGUUGAAAUCAAUGGCAUUGCUCCAGCCCGCUUCGUCGGUCGAGGAAUGGGCAUUGUAGCCGCUCAAGACAUCAAAAAAGGAGACAAGCUAGUUCACGUAUCCAACAAAUCCCUAGUCCACGUCGCCCUCCCCAGCAUCCGCAGUCUCAAACUCCCAGACACCAUCACCGUGCACGGCAAACUCGCCCUCUCCCUCGCCCUCUGGUACACAGGCCGCAAAGACCACGACUACACCCUCUGGCAAAACGUAUGGCCCACAUCCUCAGAUUUCAAAUCCACAAUGCCACUUUACUACCCUCCCUCUCUACAACCCCUUCUGCCCCCCGCAGCCCGCACCCUCCUAACCAAACAGCUCCAAAACCUCGAGCGAGACUGGACUAGCAUCGCACCACACAACCCAGGUAUCACAAAGGAAACCUACACCUACACCUGGCUCAUCAUCAACACCAGAACCUUCUACUGGUCCUACCCGGACUUACCAAACGCCUCGGCACUCCUCCCCAAACGCCGCGCAAAACUCACCGCAGACGACUGCUACUGCAUGUGCCCCUUUACCGACUACUUCAAUCACUCCGAUUCAGGCUGCGAUCCGCAAAUGUCACCGAGUGGCUACACAGUAACUGCCGAUCGCGCCUAUGUCGCUGGCGAAGAAGUCUUCGUAACGUAUGGUCCGCACACGAACGAUUUCCUGCUCACAGAGUACGGAUUUAUUCUUCAAGAGAAGAAUAGACAUGAUGGUGUUCCCCUUGAUUCUUUGCUACUGCCGCUUCUGGAUGGAGAUCAGGUUGCUGCGUUAAAGGAAGAUGGGUUUUAUGCUAAUUACACGCUGUUUGGGGAGGAAAAGGAGGAGAGGGUGUGUUAUCGGACGCAGGCUGUUCUGAGGCUGCUUGUGCUGGAUGCGAAGAGGUAUGCGGCGUUUGUUAGUGGGGAUGAUGAUGGGGCGAGGGAUCAGGCGAGGUUGAAUGAGUAUUUGGCGAGUGUGCUGACGAAGUACUCGCGCAAGAUUGUGGAUAUCAUCGAGGAGGUUGAGGGGCUUGAUCUCAGUGGGGAUGUGGAGCAGGCUGAAGAAGGGGUUGUAGAGGGUCAGAGAGAGACGCUCGUUAAGCGGUGGAAGCAGAUACGAGAUAUUGUCAAUAGCGGGAUUCGAUUUCUCGAAUCAUAA